AAUUUCAUUUUUACUUUUUAUUUAUUUUAAUUUUUACAUCAAAAAUCAAAUGAUGAAUCUUUUAUCGUUAUCAUCGAUUUUAUUAUCGUUGUUGUUUUGUUCGUCGGUUGUUGUUGUUGAUUGUAUGUCGGAAAGAGAAAGAAUCAUAUUAAGAAAUGAAGUUCGUGAAAUGUUUCAACAUUCAUAUGAUUCAUAUAUGAAUUAUGCUUAUCCAGCCGAUGAAUUAAUGCCCCUAUCCUGUAAAGGACGAUUUCGUGGUGUUGAAUUAUCACGUGGUGAUGUUGAUGAUGCCUUAGGAAAUUUUUCCCUUACAUUAAUCGAUACAUUAGAUACGUUGGCGAUAAUGGGAAAUUAUACGGAAUUUGAAAAAGCCAUCAGCCUUGUUAUCAAUGAUGUUAAAUUUGAUUCGGAUAUUGUUGUUUCAGUGUUUGAAACAAAUAUUCGUAUAUUAGGUGGCCUAUUAUCUGCCCAUGUUCUUGCUCAAGAUAUUCAAAAAAGACAUCACCGUGAUCAUCUUCUCGGAUGGUAUGAUAAUCAAUUAUUAUCAAUGGCUCAGGAUAUUGGUUAUCGUUUAUUAUGGGCAUUCAAUUCGACCACCGGUAUUCCACAUCCAAGAGUCAAUCUUAAAUAUGGAAUGAAUUCAUUUAAAAUCGGCCCAUUAAAAGAAACAUGUACUGCUUGUGCUGGUUCAAUGAUUCUGGAAUUUGCAGCAUUAAGUCGAUUGACUGGUGAUUCAAUUUUUGAGGUAAAAGCUAGAAAAGCAAUGGAUUACCUUUGGAAUCAACGUCAUCGUCAAUCCGAUCUAGUUGGAAAUAUUAUCAAUAUUGAUACUGGUGAUUGGAUACGUAAAGAAUCUGGUGUUGGUGCUGGUAUUGAUUCAUAUUAUGAAUAUUGUUUGAAAACUUAUAUCCUAUUGGGUGAUGAAAAAUAUUUAGAUCGUUUUAAUCGUCAUUAUGCAAGCAUAAUGAAAUAUAUUAGUAAUGGACCAUUUUUAAUCGAUGUACAUAUGCAUCGACCACAUAAUCAAGCAAAAAAUUUUAUGGAUUCAUUGUUGGCAUUUUGGCCAGGUUUACAAGUAUUGAAAGGUGAUUUGAAACCAGCAAUCGAAACACAUGAAAUUCUUUAUCAAAUUACGAGGAAACAUAGUUUUCUACCUGAAGCAUUUACAAUGGAUUUUAAUAUUCAUUGGCCACAUCAUCCACUGCGACCGGAAUUUAUUGAAAGUACAUAUUUUCUUUAUCAAGCUACACGAGAUAAUCAUUAUUUAGAUGUUGGUCGUGAUGUAUUGAAAAAUUUACAAAAUUUUACACGUGUACAUUGUGGUUAUGCUGCUGUGAAUGAUGUACGAACAAAAAAGAAAGAAGAUCGUAUGGAUUCAUUUUUUCUUGCUGAAACGUUAAAAUAUUUAUAUUUAUUAUUUAGUAAAAAUGAUGAAAUUGAAUUCAAUUUGGAUAAUUAUGUGUUCACAACGGAAGCACAUUUGCUACCACUUUCAUUAGCCUAUACAAAUAAUACUUAUCGAAAACAAUUUUCUGGAAAAUUUUUACGUCAAAAUUAUUUAUUUACUGAUUCGGAUUAUAAUUGUCCAACAACAAAAGAAUCAUUACGUAAAAGUAAUCUUUAUGAUAAUAAUAUGGAUAAUCUGAGUUAUUUUAAUAUACUACGUAUGCAAGUAAGAGAUUUGAUUUCUAAUCGUGAUUCACAUUCAUCAUCAAAAGCAAAAUCAUUUCGUCAACCACCAAGAAUAAGGGCUGCACAAUUUUCAGCAUCAAAAACGGAUCAUAUUGAUUUGGUUAAACAACUGGGUAUCAAUGUAAUAAUAUUAAAAGAUGGACGGGUUAAAUUAAUACAUGAUUCACAAUCAGCACAAUCAAUGGAAGCAGCUGAAGAAGGUGCUUAUUUUAUGCAAGAAAUGAUUACAUUAUCACAACAACAACAUCAAUAUGAACAAAAAUUACGUACAGUUUCAUUUAUAUUAUCAAAAUCGAUAAAAGUUUCAUUAUUAGCUGGACCGGCACAAUUUGGUUUGGAUUUUGAUGAUUCGAAUCAACAAAAACAACAUCAUUCAAUUGAAUCAACAGUUAUUAAAUUAAAACCAUUUGAUGGUUGUAAUUUGAAUGAUUUCGUUGAUCAAGACCGUAUCAAAAAUCAAAUUGUAUUAGUUGAACGUGGUAAUUGUAUGUUUAUUGAAAAAGCACGUAAUGUACAAAAAUUUGGUGCAAUCGGUAUGAUUGUUAUUGAUAAUGUUGAAAAUAGUAGUUCAAAAAAUUUACCAAUGUUUUCAAUGUCUGGUGAUGGACAAAAUGAUGUUAAUAUACAUUGUGUUUUUUUGUAUUCUGAAGAUGCAAAAAUUCUAAUGAAUGCAAUGGAAGAAAAUCCACAAAUGAAAGUUAAAUUGGAUGUUCAUCAUCAUGAUGAAGAAAUUGUUUCCGUACAAAAAGAAUCAAAUGAAGAUUCCAUCGAACAACAACAAAAUUCCAAUGAUAACAAUUAUAUGCAAGAUUUAUUAGCAAAUUUAUUCAAAACUGACAAGAUAAAAUUGAAUCUAUUAUCAAUGAUUGAUUUGAAAAAUUUAAAUGGAAAACAUUCUACCAAUAUGUUUAUGUCAAUGUUAAAACAGACGAUUGCUUCGCUACCGAAUGUUUUGACAACUGAAAAUGUAAAUGAACUUGAUGAUGAAAUUAAUGAUGAAAAGAAAUUGGAAAAUAAUAUGAAUAAAUGCUGGAAUCAUCAUCAACAAAAAACGAAACAUUUUAUUGAAUUUAUGAAAUGGUCAUUAUAUACAUGUUUUUAACAAACAACAAAAACA